AAUUCAUAUAAAAAUUUGAAUGAACAUGAUCGUUUAACUUUGGGUGGCCCAAAAUCAAAGGAUGUCGCUGGCACGUUAAAGAGCACGAGAGUGUCGCGCCUCGCGCACAUAAACUGUCACUGCCUGUGUCUGCACAGUUUCGAGAAGCAGUGAACUUGACAGCUCUGCUCUCCUCUGAUGUGCCUCCUGGAUCAGAGGGAUUCCGCGGAGACCACAGGAUGACAGGGGUCAUCAGGGGCCAGCUGCACACUUUAAAAGCACUGUCCACAGCUCGGACACCUCGAUCACUCGGACCUCAGACGAGCCAGGAGGAGGAAUCGGACGCGAUCGAUCGGUUCACAAUUGAAAACUUUAUUGAUUCGCAAUGGAAACCCAGCCAAUCAUAUUGCUCGCUGUCUUGGUGGUUUCCUUGAUGCACGCUGGAUGCGGAAAGAUCGAUAAUGACGGCGCACUCACGGGAGAACAUCGUGAAGUUUUCAUAGGUUCAUAUUCCGACUUAAGUCUCCAGUCGUAUCCAAAUUACCCGCUGUACAUGAUGCAGUUAUACAGAGACUUCAGCGGUACGAUGGCAACUACUCCAGCCAGUGUCGACAACCCAACUCUUCAUCAGUCUGACUUCGUCCUAAGCCUGAUUGCACAAGACUGUCAUCAAACUGGUGAGCGAUGGUCGGUCACUUUCGACAUGUCUUCCCUCUCAGCGAGAGACAGCAUUCAACUUUCAGAGCUCCGCAUCCAUCUGCCAGCGUUUUCUGCGUCCAGACGCGUUAUUGUGGACAUCUUCCACUUACAUACACAGGAUUGUGAGUUUUGUCACCAUAAGCGACUUUUUAUAGGCAGCAUCAGGUCAGUGCCCGGCAGUUCAACAUCAUCCUGGAGAGUUUUCAAUGUCACGGAGUUACUCGAGCAGUGGUUGAAUCAGAGGACCGAGGCACCUGAACAGAUCCCGACACCUGACGCCGGAGAGGACACCGGGAGCGGGGAAGACUUACCUGAACCUUUUACACGCAGCUGGCGAACAAAAAUCCAGCAUCCCACAGCAGAACGAGUUAUGAUUGUAGUGUUCUACCGAAACAAACUUUCCCACAGUGGCCAGCAGCGUGCCUCCAGCUUGAUCAAUACAGUGGCCCGCUCCAAAUAUGUCGUCCUGAACCGGGCAGCAGACACAGCUCAAGCUCGUCGCCACAAAAGGAACCGGGUCGAAAGGAUGCGCGCUACAGAUGAUAGAAACGCGACGGGAGUUGUAUCGCCUCGAGAGCAACAUCAAGGAUCACUUUGUCGUCGAGUUGAUAUGUGGGUGGAUUUUGAUCAGAUUGGAUGGGAUGAAUGGAUCGUGCACCCUAAGCGUUAUAAUGCGUACCGCUGUGAAGGAGAAUGUCCAAGUCCAUUGGAUGAGUCUUUCAACCCAACAAACCAUGCUUAUAUGCAGAGUUUGUUGAAGCUUUACCAUCCGGAGCGCGUUACCUGUCCAUCAUGUGUCCCGACGCGCCUCAGCUCGCUCUCCAUGCUGUACUAUGAAGGCGAUGGUUUGGUCAUGCGCCACCACGAGGACAUGAUCGUGGAGGAGUGCGGAUGUCAUUAAUGAAGUGUGUUUCUGUGUUGUCAUAGAAGACGAAUUUCAGUGCGCUACUCUGUUAACUCUUAAACGGUUUAAUAACAUUCCAUUCCAUUAUGCUGAACUAAAGUACGCGCUUUCAAAUGAGAACCACUGAAAUGCU